AUGACGCUGUGCAAGUUCUUGCCCGUGCCAUUAUUGGUGGUUGGUGUGGUUGUCUUUGCUGUGAGUGGAACCAUCGGGGACCCUCUCCUUGAUUGCCUCAUGGACUCAGACUACAACGAGCUCCUAACCUUGGUGCAGACUGGACUCCCCAUGUCCCGGACCCCUAGACACGUGGCCAUCAUCGGAGGGGGCAUGGCUGGACUUACUGCUGCCAUGUUUUUAGAACGAGCUGGACAUAAGGUCACAAUAAUUGAAGCCAGUAACAGGAUCGGAGGUCGGGUUCAGACGUUCAGAAACACAAGGGAGGGCUGGUACGCAGAAAUGGGCGCCAUGCGGAUCCCAAACUUUCACAAAAUUCUUCUGACCUUUUUAUCAAAGUUCCAAAUUCCGUUGAAUACUUUCAUCCAAAACGACAUCAACAGCUACUAUUUGAUAAAUGACAUGCUCCUGAAAACGUAUGCUGUGGAUAAUGACCCCAGAGUCCUGAACUACACACUGAGUGACAAUGAGAGGGGGAAAUCUGCAACUACUCUCUUUACGCAGGCUCUUUGGAAGGUGAGAGCUGACCUCGCGUCUAUGGGCUGCAGUGCCAUGAUAAACAAAUAUGAUUCCUACACAGUGAAGGAGUACCUGGUGAAAGAGGGGAACCUCAGUCGUGGAGCCCUGAGGAUGAUCGGAGACAUCCUGAAUGAAAACAGUCUGUUCUACAUGUCUUUGGUGGAGAUGCUCUACAUACAGUCUGACAUUGGAGACAAUAUAGAGUAUUUUGAAAUUACGGGUGGCUUUGAAAACCUUCCACGAGCCUUUUUCAACAUCCUAAACGCAACCAUCCUCCUCAAUUCCAAAGUCAAAGGGAUCCAUCAGACAGGCAGCGGCGUCACAGUGACAUAUGAGGACGGGCGCAGGCUGGGUUCCAUCAACAAUCUGACAGUGGACUACGCUCUGGUCACCACCACCGCUAAAGCCACACUCUUCAUCGACUUCCAGCCUCGGCUUUCUGGCGUCAAAAUGGAGGCUUUGCGAUCGGUCCAUUACGCCAGCUCCACCAAAGUCAUCCUCAGCUUCAGUGAGCGCUUCUGGGAGCAGGAAGGCAUCAGAGGGGGGAAGAGUAUCACAGACAGAAUAUCUCGAUUCAUAUACUAUCCCAGCCACACGUUCCCUGAUACUGCAGCAGGAGCACUACUCGCAUCCUACACCUGCUCAGACGACUCCACUCUUUUCCAAGGCAUGAAUGAUGACCUUCUGAUGGCGGAGGUGCUGAAUGACCUGGUCAAGAUCCACGGAGAGUACAUCAGGCCUUUAUGGACAGGGGGGCUGGUGAAAAAGUGGGGGUUGGACCCUUAUAGUCUGGGUGCGUUUGCUCUUUUCACACCCUACCAGCAAGGGCAGUAUGCCAGUGAACUGUUCCACAAUGAGGGGAGAGUGCACUUUGCAGGGGAGCACACAGCCGUGCCUCAUGGCUGGAUUGAAACAGCAAUGAAGUCUGCCAUAAGAGCAGCAAAAAACAUCAACAGUCAAACACUUUAG